AUGCACUAUUACCGAUAUUCUAAUGCAGAAGUCAGCUGUUGGUACAAAUACCUGCUCUUCAGCUACAACAUUGUCUUCUGGCUAGCUGGGGUGGCCUUCCUUGCAGCUGGUCUGUGGGCAUGGAGUGAAAAGGGUGUACUGUCUGAUCUGACGAAGGUGACUGGUCUUCAUGGUCUGGACCCAGUGGUGCUUGUCUUAAUGGUGGGAAUAGUGAUGUUUACUCUGGGAUUUGCUGGUUGUGUAGGAGCACUGAGAGAAAACAUCUGCCUUCUGAAGUUUGUAAGUGAUGUCAUUAUAGAAGUGGAUUUGCUGGAGUUGGCAGCGGCAGUUCUGGCUUUCCUGUUCCAGGACUGGGUGAGGGACAGGGUCAAGGAAUUCUUUGAGAAUAACAUUAAAUCCUACAGAGAUGAUAUUGACCUCCAGAACCUCAUUGAUUCGCUACAGAAAAUAAACCAUUGCUGUGGUGCCCAAGGUCCAGAUGACUGGGACUUUAACAUAUACUUUAACUGCAGCAGUGAAAGCAAAAGUCGUGAGAAGUGCGGUGUUCCUUUUUCCUGUUGUAUACCUGAUCCUGCUCAAAAAGUUGUGAAUACACAGUGUGGCUAUGAUAUCAGAAAGAAGAGCAAGAGUCAAUGGGAUGAUCAGAUUUUUGUCAAAGGAUGCAUUCUUGCUCUUGAAGCUUGGUUACCCCGAAACAUCUAUAUUGUUGCAGGUGUCUUCAUAGCUAUCUCACUGCUCCAGAUUUUUGGGAUUUUCCUAGCCAGGACAUUGAUUUCUGAUAUUGAAGCUGUUAAGGCAGGUAAUGCCUUCUGA